AUGCCUACUACUUUAAAUCAACAACAGGAAACCAUUAGGAAAUUUCGCAGUAUUGCUAAUUUUCCUACAGUAAUUGGCGCAAUUGACUGUACUCACAUACGAGUAAAGAAAGUGAAUGCUGAUGGGGGUCAGUUAUAUAUUAAUAGAAAAGGAUUUUCUUCAAUUAAUGUACAGGUGGUUUGUGAUGCUGACCUGAAAAUCAUGGACAUUGUUACCAGGUGGCGUGGUAGUGUACAUGACUCCAGAAUAUUCCGAGAAUGUAGACUAAAACAGAGGUUUGAGGCUGGUGCAUUCUCUGGAAUAUUACUUGGUGACAGUGGCUAUCCUUGUACUCCUUACCUAUUUACACCGCUGCUGAACCCCACAACACCACAAGAAGACAAGAUAUAA